GAGGCGCCGGUUUUCUUUUUCUUCAGAAAUUCUUCUUCUCCCUUUUGAGGGAUAAGACAUCACUUUAAGUCGGUUUCUCUACUCGAUUAGCCCUCAUUUGAGAGAUUUCAGUGCCCAGGAUACUCUGAAACGGUUUCAACUAAGACAGAGUCAAGAAAAUCUGGACGAUGUGUACAGUAGUGAGUCAGAAGACGUCCGGCCUGCUGGACAGGACGUACCAGCAGCUGCAGGUGGUACAGCAGUCACAGCUGGCUCUGGGCUGGAGCGUACUCAACCUGGCACUGGCCGGCAUCUUCUCAGCAGAACUUGUAUUUGGUUCCAUCAACCACAUGCUGUCUUUGACACACCCCAUUGUGUGGUACACAGAGUGUGUGUUGGCCUGUGUGUUCCUGGUCAACUCCAUAGUGGACCUGGUGAGGUAUCUCCGACCCGGCAUGCUGUCACACCCGGUAGAGAUGACAUCUCAGCAGCGCCGCCUACUGGGAGUCACAGGAAACGUCCCAGGGUUUCGGACCUCCCCGGUGAAGCCGUUGUCACCACGUGAUGAGAAGAAGAGAGAGACAGAGUCCCCCGUCCUGCUGCCCACCAUGAGCGCCAGUCUCACCCCCGUUAACCCCUCCCCACCCCAGCCUAACCCCCUCUACAUGUCCUCCCCAUACCUGGGGGGCAGCGGGCACUACUCCCCAGCCACACCACCCUCACGGCCACCCAGUGCAGGAUCUGGUAUGUCACCAGCAUUGAGGGACCUAUCACUACUGGACAGCUCAGGCUCCCGCUUGCGUCACCGCUCGGCUCCUGUGUCUCCUGCCCAGAACUCUCCUGUGAUACCAGAAGAGGACAUCAGAAACAUGGAUGACCUCCAGAACUACCUGCAGCAGUUUGAAGAGAGGGAAAUGAUCAACCAACUGGGUGGAGAUACAUCCCCAGGUGCUAACCCCACCAUGUGGAACUACAGUCGGUCCUCGCUGGACUACACCCAGGUGCUGCGGCGGUACCAGUACCAGAUGGCCAGCCGGUCACCUCAGUCCACCACCACACACAGCAAGGACAGUCCGGACCUGCCCGACUCUUAUGGCGCUGAUGAGCACGUCUGGGGCAAACUUGGAGUGAGACGAGAUGAACUGGACGCCUGGACAGCUAAUUUAAGAAAGUGGAUCUCCCAGACCAUCCUAGUACGACUGGUGAGGGAAAUCAACAGGAUCAACUCAGCCAUGCGCCGGAUUGGCUGUGCUGACGUCCAGGUCGGAGAUGUGAGUCUGAGUUCCCUGCGCCAUGUAGCAGUGACCAAGCAGCAGCAUGUCCGCUCACUGACCAGUCUGCUACCGUACCUGGACAUGUCCUCCAACCAGGAGUAUCUUGUUAGCCGCGUCAAAGAACUAGCCCAGGGUGGGAGUAUGAGUGAAUUCAGGUGGAACUCUGGUGGAACAUUCAAGAACAGGAAGUGGGACCAGGACCUGCCUACAGACUCUGCUAUCAUCAUGCACAUGUUCUGUACCUACCUGGACUCCCGCCUGCCCCCCCACCCUAAGUUUCCAGAUGGAAGAACCUUCACAGGACAACACUUCAUCAAGACUCCGGAGGAACCAGACCUGAAGAAGAAGGACAACCUGUUGUUGCACCAGGCCCACAUCAACCCUCCCCACUUCACGGUGGUGGUGGGUGACCAGGCCUACCAGCUGCACAGGGGGCGCUGCAACCUCUUCCAUGCCAUCCUGCUGCUACUACACCGCAUCAAGACUAAGGAGUAUGGCAUGCUGGGCCAAGUGAAUCUGGGACCAUCUGGUGUCAACCUGCUCUGGAUAUUUGACUCCACGUGACCACAGACAGGGGAAGGUUGUGAAUGUGUGACAGGGGCUUUAGUUGAUAGACCAAAGCAUAUAUAGGCAGCUACACUGCAGAACACUGAGAAUUAGAAAGAUUGAGCAGUGAUAUAAUAAGGAGAAAAAACUGUUAAAUACAUUUUGUGUAUACAUUUCUAGGGACCCAUCUGUAAGACAAAGAGGUGCUAUCAUCUACAAAAGGAGCUCUUUAUUUUUGUGAUAGACAUUUUCAGUCAGAACAGGAAAUGUGGUAUCAUAUGUGGUUGUGCAUGUGUACUUGAAAAAUACAGAUGCCUUUGGCACAUUCAGUUGCAAUGCAGGACACAGUUACUACUGUGGAUCAUGAGUGUUAUUUUAUUACAGUAAUGUAAAGUUGUGUUGCUUGCUACAUGUAUGACAUCUCUCUACUUAGUGAACAUGUAUACAUUUUAUGUGAUAAUGACUUUGAGUCGCUUAGACAAAAUUGCCCAGUACUCUACCUUCUUUAGUGUCUGGACAUUUUCUAGAAUACAAAGGCAGGGUGCAAGAUAGGGUUUAGAAGCCAUUUCUGUUAGAUUUUGUCAUCAGGAAUGUACAGUUUCUGUUCAGAAUGUAGGUACGCAUAUCAGCAGUCGAAAUUUGAAAUUAAUAAUACAUAACCAGCAUGCCAUUCUGUGUGUAUUUUGUACAUCUUUAUGUGCUGUAAGAACUGUGCAGGACCAAGAUGUAUGUCUAGUGCCCUAUUUGCUACUCACCCAUGCAGUGCCUUGUAGUAAUAAUGAAUCCAACAAAGUGAGGAUGGUACCAACACAAAAUACAAAUGUAGUUGCAGUCCAUUGUACAAGACUAAUGUUUCUUUCUAUUUUCAUUUUUCUUUUCGUUUGUAUUCAUACAUGGUGUGAACUGUGUAGUGUCAGUUUUUCAUGGAUGAUUAACAUUUCAUGUGAGUGUCUUAUACAUGUAAUAAAAAAUAAAGUUG